CAAAUUUGUGUUUAUUUUAUUUGCUAUAAUUCGAUCGUAUUUCAUUUCUUGCCAAUAUUGAAUACAUUGUGCUUUUUUGUGCUUUGGUUGAAGAGCAAAAGCAGCUUUCUGUGAGAUUAAUACAAACCUGAAACCAAGUGUAAUUACACAAAGUUAUCCAUCCUUACCAUACCUGUAGUAUAAUAUAUAUUAAAUCAAAAUAAAAAUGUUUGUGGCAAAAAGUCAUUCAAUCCUAUUCACUAUGAACAUUCUUGUAGCUAUUUUAAGUAUAUUAAUGGCAGUCGGUGGCGGUUUAUUUAUGCUAUCUGGAGAUAUGAAUUUUAUGUUUCUGCGUAAAACUGUCACACUGUUGGAGAAACGUGUAAAUCCACCAAAUGCAAAUUUUGGUAUCGGUGUUGGCAAGUUAAUAAUGUUACUCACAGAGAAAUUUAGUCUUGUGUUUUUCACAUAUGGUUUUGUCAACUUCCUUGUUUGCAUAGUUGGAAUGUUUGCUGUAUGUACUCAAAAGUCCACAUUAUUGACUGUGUAUCAAAUACUUACGGCGUUUCUACUUGUUGGACAUUUGAGCCUACUUAUCGGUUAUUACUUCAGUAAACAAAAUUUCAAAGACCAUUUGAGCAAUAUGCUAGGAGAAUAUAUGAAAGAUUAUAUAUCAUUGAGAAGUGGAGCAUCGACAAGUAUAUUUGCUGGGAUUGUUAUGGCAACGUACAACUGUUGUGGAUUAGAAGCACAUCGAUACUUCUGGGAGACGCCAGCCUUUUCUCCAAUUGACACCUACGAUAAUUUAUUGUAUAAAGGAUUGCUUUUCCCUGUGACUUGUUGUAAAAUGGACGAGAAAUUAAAAAUUGUGGAUAAAACGUGUCCAACAAAAUUUAAUAAGCUUAACAGUAAUAUUGGAAUUGGGUGUGGUAAACCUUUCAGUGAUAAUAUCGCAUUUAUCACAGAUAUGUCUGUACUCAGUUCCCUGUUAAUUUUAGCAUGCAACGUUAUAAUGAUGUGCAUCACAGUUAAAGCUCUUAGAGACUUGGAACCAAUAAGUAUAUGACGAAUGUUCAAAGAUAACUCAGAUACGUAUUGUAAUGAAUAAAUGAUUGUCUUAUUUUGAAUGUCGAAUAAAUUCAUGACUGAAUACGGAAAGAGUAUUAC